AUGGACUCUGUUAUUAUUCCCCUCCACUGGCCGCCGCAACUAGUGGGCAAGUUAAGCAAUGGCACAGCUUUGGCAGGUGCCUUAAUUCUCGCCGCUCUGUUACCAUUUGUUCUUAGUUGGAUCACUGCGGACCGUUCCAUACCUAAGCUCACUAGUUCAAAGUCUUGGUUCGCGAGUCGGCAGGAUUUUGCUACUCAUGGUGUUGAAAUCAUCGAGAAGGGGUUCAAUCAGGUCAAAAGCGGCGUAUUCCGGGUGACGGCUCUAGAUGGCUCUGAUUUAAUCCUUCUGGCACCUGAGCAUUGGUUAACGCUCUGCAAAAAGAAGGAUGACGAGGUUGCUCCCGCUCGUAAAGAGUUCUUUCUUUGUGAUCUGCACGGCGCGCCUUUUGAGGAGCCAUUUCUCUAUCGCUAUCUUCUCGCCCGUAUGCCUGGCUUUGACCGCCAUCUCGACGUAAUAUCGCAGGCACUAGAUGAGGGCAUCUCUAGUAUCCUUGAGAAGGGUUUUGACUAUUCAAAUGGCGCACGCAAGCAUGUCAUCAUUCAGCCACAAAUUUUACAUGUAUACUCACAUGUCAUAUGGCGAGUCAUUCUUGGCGAUAGUUUUACUCCCAAAGUCGUGGAUAUCUUCGAAAAGUACUCGGCGACACUGAUUCCUGUGAUGAAAGCGCUUAAGGCCCAGAGACCGAUGAUGGCUCGUAUCACUGCCGCUUUCUCUAGCGAAGUGCGCCAGGUCAAUAUGCAGCUGGAGCGAGCGACCGCCUUCUUUACCCCCAUUCUUCAGCAACAUUUCCAAGCUUUUGAGCAAAGCUCCGGUACUAGCUCGGCUAACAACGAAUGGUUCGAAGAGCUCAUUCGCAUGGCACCAGCAGAGAAGCGUCGUGACUACAAAUUUCUUACCAACAUUUUGAUUGGCUUUGCAUUUACUUUUGUAUUUUCUCCGGGGCCAUCAACGACGCAGGUUGUUUAUGAGUUUGUUUUCCGCCCUGAUUAUACUGACCUUGUGCUCCAAGAAGCGCGAGACGUCCUCGGGGAACAACUGGAAGAUUGGAGCUUUACGCGCGAAAGCCUUCGAAAGCUGUCCCUUUUGGAUAGCUUUUGCAAGGAAACCCACAAACAUCAUCCAACAGCAGCAUCCAACCUGAUGAAAAAGAUCCACAAGACACAAACGCUGUCUAAUGGCGUGGUUCUGCCCGCAGGAACCGUCUUCGAGGUGGUGAUGACAGCAGCCCAUCUGUCUAACCCCAGCUUCAAGGACCCCGCCGAGUGGAAUGGACGGCGCUACCACGACUUGCGGCAGCAAGCAUCGUCAGCGACAGGCGCCAGUAAAUACGACUGGGGUGCCGCGACGCGAGACGAUGUCAACUUCGGAUACGCGUCUCACAUGUGUCCUGGUCGCUGGGCUGGGUGCUCCAUUGCCAAGAUGUUUCUAAUCAAGCUGCUGUCGCGCUAUGAAAUUUGCCCCGAAAAUGGAGAGACUGAGAGAUACAGAGACUUCCAUUCGGGGCAGUACGUACGUCAUGCCCUCAAGACGUGCAUUUCUUUGGCCUUUAUUUACACAGGAAUCGUCUUAAACACUGCUCUUACUGACUUGCGCAACUGA